AUGGAGUCCUGGGAGCAGCUGCGAGCGCAAGCGAGGAAGAUCGAAGGCGACGUGGAACGCGCCCUCCCUCAAUUAGCGUCGCUCGCGGCCGACGGCGACAGCGGCGCCGAGGCGCAGCGGCUCCUGAAGACGGUGGAGGACCACCUCAAGGCGCUGGCGCGCGUGCGCGACUCGCUGCAGGCCGAGGAGGCGCGCGAGCCGUCGCCGGCGCGCAAGGCCGUCGUCGAGCGGUGUCGCGCCGUUGUUGUUGAUUAUUCGUCCGACGUCGGCCGCGUCGCUAAACAACUGCGCAAGAACGCGGACCGGGCGAAGCUCUUCUCGGGCGCGGACGACGUCGUCGACUUGGAGGGCGGGCCGGACCACCUCAAGGGCGUGCACCGCGAGCGGAAGGCGACGACGAACGCGCUGCGAGGAGUGGGCGACGUCAUCGAGCAGGCCCACGAGGCGCAGUCGGACCUGGCGUCGCAGCGCGAGACCCUCGAGGGCUCUACAAACACGGCGCAGUCGCUGACGGACCGGCUCCCGUCGAUCGACUCGAUCAUCCAGAAAAUGCGCCAGAAGAAGUACCGGGAGAACGCCGUCGUCGGCGUGACGGUCGGGUGCUGCGCGUCGUUUUUGCUCUGGGCCGUGCUCACUUGA